AUGUCCUCGGUUGUUAUCGAUGGCAAUGCUUUCUGGAAAGAUAAUAGCAGAUUCUAUAUUCGUGGUGUCGAUUAUCAACCAGGCGGAAGCUCCAGUGCCACCACCAGUGAUCCAUUGGCCGAUGCAGGCGCUUGUUCAAGAGACGUUAAGAAAUUCGUCGAUUUAGGAGUCAAUACCAUCAGAGUUUAUUCAGUUGAUCCAUCCCAAGACCAUAGUCUGUGUAUGAAAACACUCCGUGAUAAUGAUAUUUACUUGAUUUUGGAUGUCAAUAACCCAUACCAAUCAAUCAACCGUGCUGAAGCAGAAUGUUCUUAUAAUGCGUUCUAUAUGAAGAACGUGUUUGAUGUCAUCGAUGAAUUUGCACAAUAUGACAAUGUGUUUGGCUUCUUUGCUGGCAAUGAAGUUAUAAAUGAUGAAAAGACUACUGGUAGUGCCAAAUAUGUGAAAGCAGUGGUUAGAGAUAUGAAAAAAUAUAUCAAGGCAAGAAGUUAUCGUACAAUUCCUGUUGGUUACUCUGCUGCGGAUAUUGAGACCAAUAGAAAACAACAAAUAGAAUAUUUCACUUGUGGUGAUGAUGAGAAUGCCCGUGUCGAUUUUUGGGGUCAUAAUGACUACUCAUGGUGUGGUGACAGCAACAUGCAGACUUCUGGUUAUGACAACUUAUUGGAAGAUUUCAAAGGUUUACCAAUUCCAAUAUUCUUUUCGGAAUUCGGUUGUAAUUCUCAAGAAGAUAGACCUUUCACUGAAAUCCAAGCCAUUUACUCUACCAAAAUGUCUUCGGUGUUGUCUGGUGGCUUGGUUUAUGAAUACUCUCAAGAAGCUAAUGAUUACGGUUUGGUGAAGAUCAGCAGCGAUGAAAGCUCUGUCACCGAGCUUGGAAGCUAUACUAACUUGAAGCAACAAUAUGCUUCGGUUGAUGAUCCAAGUGGUGAUGGUGGAGCAUCUUCCAAUAAUUCCUAUCCUUCUUGUCCUUCCACUUCCACAACGUGGCUUUCUGACGAUGACUUACCAAGUACUCCAUCUGGGGUAGUCGAUAUGAUCAAUAAUGGUGCUGGAUCUAUUGUAUCGGUGUCUGACCUUGGUUACACUUCUUAUAAAUGUUAUAGCACCUAUGAUUACCCAACUGGCAGUAGUAACACUACCACAAAUGGUACAUACAGCUACAAUUCUACCAGCAGUGGCUAUAACUCGACUAGUAACUUAAUCAGUAACACCAGUUAUGUUACUUCUCAUCAGUAUUCCCUUGCUGCACAAGUGUCCUAUUCUACUCUAUUAUCCACUACAACUUCCAAGCAUAGCAAGAACACUGAAGCUGGUAAAGAGAAAGAUAAAAGUACCUCUAGUAAGAAACAUUCUGAAACAAGCUCUUCACAUUCAGUUGUUGAAGGUGGGCAAAUCAGAGUCGCAGCUAUUCCUACAAUCUUUGCGAUCGCUUACAAUUUUAUCAACUUAUUAUAA